AUGCAUGCAACCAGCCCCAAAGGGCAACAUUUCUUUGGGCGCAGCGGGGCCACUGCAGCAGCAGCAGCAGCUGCUGCUGCUGCUGCAGCAGCAGGAGCUGCUGCAGCGGCUGCUGCACCUCUUGUCUCCUCUGGGGCCCCCAUACAAGCCAAGGGGGGCCCCCCACCAGUACCCUAUCACGGGGGGUGUAUCCGCGUGGUAUUUCUUUCAGCAGCAGACCCAGAGGUUUUGCUGCUGCUGCUGCUGCUGCAGCAGCAGGGGCCCCCCACCAGUACCCUAUCACGGGGGGUGUAUCCGCGUGGUAUUUCUUUGGGCCCCCCACCAGUACCCUAUCACGGGGGGUGUAUCCGCGUGGUAUUUCUUUCAGCAGCAGCAGCAGGGAGUCACCCACAGGGGCCCCCUCUACCUAGAAAUACCCGCAGGCGCUCUGCAUGCAAACAAAGCAGAGACAGCCAGCCCCAAACUCAUUCAUUACCGGGGGGCCCCCCUGCUCUAAACCCUCACACACUGCGCGCGGGGGCCCCCAACGACGCCGCACCAGAACCCCCUCAAGGGGGCCCCCAAGGGGCCCCCGGGGGGUACUCACAAGGGGCCCCCCAGGGGGCCCCCCAAGGGGCCCCCCAAGGGGCCUCUCAAGGGGCCCCUCAAGAAGUUCUCCCUGCAGGGGCCCCCCAGGGGGCCCCUACAAGUGCUGCUGAAACUGUUGGGUCCCCUGCUGAGGGGCCCCCCUUUGGGGGGCCCCCCUCAGCAGGGGCCCCUGUUGGGGGGCCCCCCUCCGCAGGGGCCCCUGUUGGGGGGGCCCCCCGUUCCGGGGGGGACCCCUGCGUGGGGGCCCCCGUCCGGGGGGCCCCCGCCAGGGGGCCCCCCAAGGGUGGUGGUGGUCGGUUUGUAGUGGUUGAUGGGAGCUGUGUUAUGUUUCGCUGCUACCACGCGAUGCCCCCCCUAAAGAACAAAAAAGGAGACAAUGUGGGGGCCCUGGUGGGUUUUUUUCGUUCUCUGGUGCAGAAGCAGCAGCAGCAGCAACAGGAGGAGCAGAAGCAGCAGCAGGGUGCAUUGGCAUCAGCAGCAGCAGCCUCCCACAUGGCUGCUGCUGCAGCAGGUGCAACAGCAACCGGAGCAACAGCAACAGCAGCAGCAGCAGCAGCAGCAGCAGCAGCAGCAGCAGGGCUGCUGCCGCUAGAAGUGGAGGGGGUAGAAGGAGACGAUGUCAUUGCAACCCUUGUUGCUCGUCUCUGUGGAGGAGACACGCAGCAGCAGCAGCAGCAGCAGCAGCAGCAACAGCAGCAGCAACAGCAGCAGCAGCAGCAGCAGCAACAGCAGCAGCAGCAGCAGCAGCCGGAGAUAGAAGAGGUUUUUAUAGCCACUGUAGAUAAGGAUCUGCUGCAGUGGAUUGAGGCGGGACGUGCGGAGACACCUGAGGCUCGGAGCGCCCGGCAGCAGCAAACUCGAACCGCAGCAGCAUAUGCAGCAGCAGCAGAUGCAGCAGCAGAAGAUGCAGCAGCAGCAGAUGCAGCAGCAGCAGAUGCAGCAGCAGCAGAUGCAGCAGUAGCAGAUGCAGCAGCAGAUGCUGCAGCAGCAGCAGAUGCAGCAGCAGAAGAUGCAGCAGCAGAAGAUGCAGCAGCAGCAGAUGCAGCAGUAGCAGGUGCAGCAGCAGCAGAUGCAGCAGCAGCAGAUGCUGCAGCAGCAGAUGCAGCAGCAGCAGAUGCAGCAGCAGCAGAUGCAGCAGCGGCAGCAGAAGCUGCAGCAGCAGAUGCUGCAGCAGCAGAUGCUGCAGCAGCAGAUGCAGCAGCAAGUGCAGCAACUUCUGCUGCUGCAGCUGUUGAAGCAGCACCCGUGCUUUCUUCGGGGCAGACAAUAGGGGCCACAGCAGCGCCUGCUGCUGCUGCUGAUGUUGCUGCUGCUGCAGCUGAUGUUGCUGCUGCUGCAGCAGAUGUUGCUGCUGCUGGAGCAUCUGCUGCAGCACCUUGUGCUGCUGCAAUCAGCCACCAGGAGAUGCCUGCAACAGACACUGCAGCAGCAGCAGCAGCAGCAGCAGCUGCUGCUGCUGCUGCUGCUGCUGCGUCAAUUCCUAUCGAAGCAAGAUAUACACCAACAGCUGCAGCAGCUGCAGCAGAUGAAGCAGCAGAUGCAGCAAUACCCGCUGCACCCGGAGGAGAUGCAGCAGCAAUGGCAGCAGCAGCAGCAGCACCAUCAGCAGCACCAGCAGCAGCAGCUGAUGCCCCUCCUUCUUCUUGUUUAGGGGCUGGGUCUCUGUCUGCAGCAGCAGCAGCAGCAGAAGCAGCAGCAGCAGCAGCAGCAGCUCCUUUCCUCAGGGGUUCAUCUGCUGCUGCUGCGCUGCGUGCUGCAGCAGCAACGGGGAGCCACCAACUGCAUCGAAGAGCAGCAGCAACAGCAACAGCAGCAGCAGCACCAGCAACAGCAGCAGCAGCAGAUGAAGCAGCAGCAGCAGCAGCAGCAGCAGCAACCUCGCAAUCAAGCAGCACAUGGAGACUGUGGAAUACUGUCUCCUCUCUCGUCCCUGGGUGGAUGAGGGGCCCCCAGGGGCCCCUGCUGCUGGGGGCCCAGGGGGCCCCCUCUGUACCCUUUUUUGGGGCUGCAUGCAGACACCGUAUUCUGCUGCAGUAUGCACACGGCUUCUCUCAGCGUCGUCUCCUCAUACGUGAAGCAGCAGAAGCAACAGCAGCAGCAGCAACAGCAGCAGCAGCAGCAGCAGAUGAAGCAGCAGCAGCAGUAGCAGCAGCAGCAUCGACAAUAGCAGCAACUGCAGCAGCAGCAAAUACUCCAGAAGAAACCAUUCCUGCUGCAGCACAGCUCGGGUACAACAGCAGCAGCAGCAACAGCAGCAACAGCAGCAACAGCUACAGCAUUGACAGCAGCUGCAGCACCCAAACAUGCGGCAUCCAAAGCAGCAGCAGCAGCAGCAGCAGCAGCAGGGGAAACAGCAGCACAAGCAGCAGCAGCAACGCAGGCGUUCCUUCAGAGGAGGCAUCUACCUUGCAGCGACACCAGCAGAAACAGCAGCAGCAGCAGCAGCAGCAGCAGCAGCAGCAAGAGCAGCAGCGACAGCAGCAGCAGCAGCAGCAAAGCGCUGCUGCUCCUACGCAGCCAGCUGGAAGAGACACCCAAAUGGACCCGCAGCAGCAGCAGCUGCAGCAGAUGCAGCAGCAACUGGAGUUAUUGCUUGUGCAGGAGAAGCAACAUGUGGAUUUGCUGCUGCAGCACAUGCAGCAGCAGCAGCAGACAACGGCCAGCAUAGAAGCAGCAGCAGCAGGAGCUGCAGCAGCAGCAGCAGCAACCCUUCACGCAGCAGCCGUCCGUGCAGUGCGGAAUCUCUCACGACGCACUGCAGCAGCAGCAGCAGCAGCAGCAGCAGCACCUGCUGCAGCAGCAGGAGAAACAGGUGUUGGUGACAGCAGCAGCAGCGCAGCAUCCAGAGGAGCCGGUGCAGCAGCAGCAGCAGAGAAGGAGACAGCAGCAGACAGCUCGAGCCAGAAUACUGCAGCAGCAGAAAGGCUGCUGCUGCCCCCCAUUGAGUGCUGGGGAUCGUCUCCUCCCGACCCCACACCGCUGCAGCAAGCGAAGGCGUUUCAGAGUGCUCUCGCUGUCUGUCUCCGCUACCUCUCGUGUCUGCAGCACGCAGACACAUGCAGCAGCAGCAGCAGCAGCAGCAGCGGAGACGCAGCAGCAGCAACAACAGCAGCAGCAACAACAGCAGCAGCAACAGCAGCAGCAGCAGCAGCAGCAGCAGCAGCAAUCCAAGAGGUUUCUUCUGAAAGUCAGCAGCAGCUGCAGCAGAUGCAGCAGCAACUGGAGUUAUUGCUUGUGCAGGAGAAGCAACAUGUGGAAUUGCUGCUGCAGCACAUGCAGCAGCAGCAGCAGACAACGGCCAGCAUAGAAGCAGCAGCAGCAGGAGCAGCAGCAGCAGCAGCAGCAACCCUUCACGCAGCAGCAGUCCGUGCAGUGCGGAACCUCUCACGACGCACUGCAGCAGCAGCAGCAGCAGCAGCAGCACCUGCUGCAGCAGCAGGGAAAACAGCUGUUGGUGACAGCAGCAGCAGCGCAGCAUCCAGAGGAGCCGGUGCUGCAGCAGCAGCAGAGAAGGAGACAGCAGCAGACAGCUCGAGCCAGAAUACUGCAGCAGCAGAAGCGCUGCUGCUGCCCCCCAUUGAAUGCUGGGGAUCGUCUCCUCCCCACCCCACACCGCUGCAGCAGGCUAAGGCGUUUCAGAGUGCUCUCGCUGUCUGUCUCCGCUACCUCUCGUGUCUGCAGCACGCUGACACAUGCAGCAGCAGCAGCAGCAGCAGCAGCGGAGACGCAGCAGCAGCAACAACAGCAGCAGCAACAGCAGCAGCAGCAGCAGCAGCAGCAGCAGCAAUCCAAGAUGUUUCUUCUGAAAGGUGUCUCCGUCAGCUGCCGGAGCGUCUCCCCAUCGAUCCCCUUGAGAUGUCUCUCUCUGUAGUAGACAGCAGCAGCAGCAGCAACAGCAGCAGCAGCAGCAGCAGCAGCAGCAGGAGAGCAAUGUAUUACAAGGGGGGGGAUCUGCUGCUGCCUGUUGCUGUCUCCUGGCUAGCUGCAAGCCCCCAGCUUGAGAUGUCUCUCUCUGUAGUAGACAGCAGCAGCAGCAGCAACAGCAGCAGCAGCAGCAGCAGCAGGAGAGCAAUCUAUUACAAGGGGGGGGACCUGCUGCUGCCUGUUGCUGUCUCCUGGCUAGCUGCCACCCCCCAAGGGCCCCACACCCCCGCCUGUGCGUCUCUGCCUCUGCACCUCACCUUCAGUGUGUGUCUCCCCCGCGGGCUGCUGCAGCUCUUACGCUGCAGCAGCAGCAAGCAGCAGCAGCAGCAGCAGCAGCAGCAGCAAGAGGAAGAAGCAGCAGCAGAAGAUAUCUUACAUUUUCACUUUCGGCUGUCUCCGCAGUUCAAGCGCUGCUGUCCCCCCCGCAAGCCAGAGGAGCUCAGCAGCAUCGAUGUUGCUGCGUUCUGCGAGGCUCGUGCUGCAGCAACGUUGGUGCUGCUGCAGCAGCAGCAGCAGCUGCUGCAGCAGCAGCAGCAGCAACUGCUGCAGCAGCACCAGCAGCAGCAGCAGCAGGAGCAGCAGCAGCAGCAGCAUGUAAAAGACAACAUACAACCCCUCAGUCUCCCGUGGGGUGUAUGGGCACAUAUAGAGAGACCCCUCAUCUCUGUUUUAGCUGCAAUAGAGAGAAGGGGACUGUCUCUUUCUCUGUCUCUUCUUUCUACCGGCUGGAAAACAAAACCCGGGAUCGGAUCCCACCCCCCACCAGAGGAGACAGAUGCAACAGAGGAGACAGAAGAGACACAGGAGACACAGGAGACAGCAGCAGCAGCAGCAGCAGCAGCAGCAGCAGCAGCAGCAGACAGUGGGCCACCGGGGGGGUUGCCUGUCGAGGGUAAGGAGCUGCAAGCAGCGAACGUGGAGCGCGACGGUGUUGCUGCUGGCGCAGCUGCUAGUGCUGCUGCUGCAGCAGCAGCAGCAGCAGCAGCAGCAGCAGCAGCAGCAGCAGCAGCAGGAGACCCCAGCGAGGCUCUGCAGGAACAGAGACAGCUAGAGAGACGAAUCAGGCGGCUUAUAGAAGAGCUCACGGGGCAGAGAGAUGUAAACAUCAACUCUCCUAGCCAGCUGGCAGCAGUUCUCUUCGAUGCGCUUCAGCUGUCUCCUCCCCCCGCAGCAUUUUCUGACGGCAAGGCUGUGAGCAGCAGCAGCAGGGGUAAACGCAGCAGCAGCAGCAGCAGCAGCAGCAGCAGCAGCAGCAGCAGCAGCAGCAACGGCAGCAGCAGCAGCAGCUGCAGGUCCACUGGUGCUGAAGCCUUGCAGGCGCUGCUGCGUGAGGCUCGCUCUAAGGAGACAGAUCCCCGCGCCCGUAGAGUAGCAGCGUAA